AUGAAGGCCAAUUUUGAGGAACAACUGAAAAUUGAUCCAAUGGCAUUUUAUAAAGCAUUAGGUUUCAAUGACACAAAGGUGACACAAGAUGAAAUCAAAGAUGCACAGAAAAAACUGGCCAGAAAGUGGCACCCAGAUAAAAAUCCAGAUAAUAAGGAAGCUGCUGAAAUGUUCAAAGAUGUCCAAACGGCAUGGGAGGCUUUAGAAGAUGAACACAAGCGCUUUCAAGUGGAUGAUGCAAUCCGUCGGAUGAGGCUAGGAGUGCACAGAGCAGCGCCUUCGUUUAGAGCAACUAAUACCAAUUAUUCGCAGCACUCUACUAUGCCACGAACUCAGGAGCAGGGGUACAAGUACAGUCCACCAGAUCCUGCUGAUACAUAUGUCUCGUCGUUGAGAAACAAACGAACUAGUCAUAGGAAUCCAAGACCGGCCGAAUACGGCUAUGAUAAGGCACGCCCGUCUCACACAAAAGGUACUAGAAGACGUACGAAUGACCCUAAUGAUAGUAAUGAAUGCAGUGCACCGAGGCCAUCUUGGGGUGAUGCCAAGCGUCAUAUUAGAGAAGAAAAGAAACAUCCCGAUGGCUACAGAUUUGUAAGGUCUUCAACACACCCUGAACAACCUUCCGAAAAGAUACAGGGUGUGAAAAGAUCAAGUACAUUUGACAGUUAUAACAAAAUAAUACCACCGCCUCAUGCUAGAAAACCCAAUCCAGAGAAAGAUCCGCACCUCUAUUACGAGGUUCAGGACAAGGCUCACUGGAGAUACGUCUCAAGUGAAAUGGGAAAACAAUACUCCAUUGGCCUUUUUCACUUUGACCCAGAAUUCUACGAUCUCGCCUUGUUCCAUUACGACGACCCAAGGACGGUAGCUAUGAGAAAACACAAACUAGUUCCCCCUGUAUCUGAUAUCAGGGAUGACCAGUACAUUUACCGCUUGGGAAGGAGGAUUCGUGACUGA